CCUAAUUAUACAAAAAUAAUGCAUGUAUAAUAAUUUGUGUGUUUUGCAACCACUAUCUGAGAUAACAAUUUAAUAACAUUUUAAAAUGUCAUUUACUUAUAAUCCUUACCGAUAAAAUAGCUCAUAGGUCAAAUCAGUAUAUUAGAAUUCAUAAAUUCAAUUAAUGUAGGUAGCUAAUAAAUAUAUCCAACGAAAAAUAAUCAAAAUGCCAUGUACAAAGUGUAGAUCCGAUUUCAAUUUAUUUAAUUGGAAAAUUAAAUGUGGUGAGUGUGAAGACAAAUACUGCACUAAAUGUUUAAAAAGGAGAGAAGGGAUAUUAUAUUGUGAAAAAUGUCUUAUUUUACUCAAGCGACCACCCGAUAGAUCGCAAUUAAUGGAACUAAAGUCGAAAGAUUUGCAAGAUUAUUUAAAUAAGCGUCAUAUUUCUACGUAUGGAUUAGUAGAAAAACAAGAGUUGGUCGACUUGCUUUGUAAUAAACAAAUACCAGAAAAACCAAAACGGGGUGUAGAGAAACUUACUGCCAAUUUUGCUGGUUCGCUGCCUAAUUUAAGGCCGUUGAAUGAAAUUUGGGGUAAUAUAGAAACGGUCAUAACGAAUGACGGUACGAGUAACACGACGAGACAGUCCAGGGUAUCGCCACUCCAAGAACAACCACGAUCUACUCAGAGAACACCGCCUUUCGGAUCUGCUCCUCAGUCGCCACAAAAUCACGCCGGUUUCUCUCCCUCCAGUCCACAGCCGCAACCAACUACCUCAGCCACCGUGCAAGAUGGUAUUAUCCCUAGAGAUGAAGAAACCGCGGAUGAAAUUUCUCUACCUCCCAAAUAUCCAAAAAUAGAAGACUUCGGUAGCGCAGAGGAGCUCCAUACAUUAUCUUCUAAAGACUUGAAAAUCCUACUAACCUUAAAUCGAGUAGAUUUUAAAGGUUGCUUAGAAAAAUCUGAAUUACUAGAGAGGGCAGAACGACUAUGGGAAGACACAAAUGAGCUGAGGAAAGAGGAACCAGAGAAGUUGCCCAUUCAAGAACUUUGCAAGUUGUGCAUGGACGCCCCACUCGACUGCGUUCUAUUGGAGUGCGGUCAUAUAGCCACGUGUAUAGAUUGUGGAAAAAAGUUAGCUGAGUGUCCUAUUUGUCGACAAUAUGUUGUACGUGUUGUUAGAACGUUUAAGGCAUAAACAAAUUCAUCAAAUUUAAGAUAUAUGUCAUUCGUUAGAUUUACAUGUGGUGAUAUGCGUUUAUAGAUAAAAAUUGGGCGAAAUAUUAAGAAUAAUUAUUGCAAAUAAUUAUUUGGCCGUAGCGCGAAAAGUUUCAUGGUUUAUGUAAAUCAGGCGCUCUGUAAUAUGUCGUUGGAAAGUUAAUUUUUCAGGAGGUUGAAAGCCUGUAUUGUUGAAGAAAUACUGGAGGAAGAAAUUUACUAUCAACUUCUUUGUAUCAACUAGAAAAAAAUUUUUUUCCACUUACUAAUUCGAUUUUAUCAAUGUCGUUAACAAUGUUAGUAAUAUCAGACCUUUUACUUGGAAUUCGGAUGUGUUGAUUUAUUAAGGAGUAAGUGUCGAGAAAUGUUAUUAAAAACGGAAUUGUCCAGAAAGUUGUUGCAUUUUUUUUAAUGCAAUCGUUGCGAUGUUAACAUUACCCUUUAAAUGCACGAGCAUGUGACGUAUUUAACAGGUAUUUUGUUUCAAGAUGAUUGUUUUCUUGGUUAUCCCAAAUGUCAUGUUUACUACAUGAGAGGGGAUACUAGCACAAGAGUGUUAGUGUUCUUGUAUUGCCUCGUCGGUGCUCCGAUCGGAGUGUCACGAGUUUUUGGCGCCCAACGUAGAAAAAUCGAUAUUGUUGAAUAAAGUUUUGCUCCAAAUUAUGCUUCUUGUCGGCAAGCAACAAAGUAUUGAGCUUUGUCAUCCUUUAUUCAAUUCACGUCCUGGACCGCUGACAUAACUUUUGGUAGACCAACAGAUUGAAUCAUUCAUAUGUAAAAAAAUGUCCAUUUAAGGGUAAAAUAUCAGAAAAAUUUUAAAAUGAAUUGACCCAAAUUUAACUUAGAUUUUUUAACUAUUAAUAGCCUUUUACCUGUUGCAUCAAUUUAGUUUCGAUUAAAAAAUUUUACACAGCAGUUUUUCUAACAUUCUACAUUUAAGCUCGCUGCAAAAGCUAAAAUUAAGCUAAUAUGUUUCGGUAGAUAAAAUUAUUGAAAAUGCUUCAGUAAUUCAGGAAUUAUUUUAUUUUUUAAAAAAAUUGCCUGGCCUGGCUUUGAUUCCACCCAGUCGUCUCUGAACUAGGAACCAUAAGCAAGCUUUGAUUUUGUGUACUAUUUAUAGAUGGCGUUACUUUAUGACUUCUUAUCUUCACACAACUACCAGCCAUGAGUACGAGUAAAUUUAACGCAUCCUACAGAUUCUAUUAGAGUUUGGAAUCGAAAAUGUCCAAUUUCUUGCUGAUGAGUCCUAAUAACGACAAAACCAGUUUAAUAUUUUCUCUCUGCUGUUUUUCUUUGGUUAUAAUUCAAUGCUUGUUGCCAUAUUAAUUAGCCAGAGUAGUUGUUUUCCGGAGGGAAAUGGUCGCUCGUAUCACAGAAGAAAGAAAGAACAAUACAGAAAAGAAAGUAAUGGUCGGAAGUAGAAGGGAUGGAAAUAUUUGACCUUCAGUUCCACAGAGAUACUCUGAGAAAACGUAACUAUUCACAGUACACGCGAACGUAGCUAUUCACUGAACCUACACUGCGAAAACUACAUUUCUCUUUUACAGAAUUAUGUGUCAUAUUUUAUGAAAAUUUCCAUGAAUGCAUUUUAAAUUAUUCUCGAUUUAAGUAACAUAUUUUUCGAUUUGUAGCACUUCCGACAGAUGUUUAAAAAAUAAAAAUUAUAAAGUUUUAAACAAUAGUUUAUUUAUAUUAUAAAAACGGUAAAAAAACAGUUGAGAAACUAUGUACUCAAAUUACGUACAUGUUUAAUUGAAUCGCUUAUUGUUAAAAGGAACUAAGUCACAUUUUUACGUUUUUGACUUUAAAAAAUGAAACGAAACCUUGAAGAUAUUCCUUUCGUUUGGUGUAAGAAGGUACUGUUAACUAAUGCUAAAAUAGUACACAAGCAAUAU